AUGGCGCUCCCCUACAUUGAUACCCCGCGGACCGAAAUUGAUGCGAACGCGACCUAUUUAACCAAUGGUUUCCGGAGCGCUGCACGCAAUAAUUUGUCGGCUUUGGACUCUGUUGAAAACUCAUUUCAGUCUCCUUCUAAAGAUCAUGAUUUACUCAAAGGCUUCGAAACUGGGCGAAGUCGAAGGCGCUCUGGAUUUAGUUUAAAAACUCCGAGAGCGGGCUCAGGACGGAAUCCAACAAGAAAUGUUUUCCAUGACCGGCGCAAUCUUCCAACCGUCCCACCUCCAAAGGGAGAAUUUACUCCGAUGCUGAACAGCGUCACCAGGAAUAAGUUGACUCGACAUGACUAUUCGACGCGUCGACGCUCUGGUCCGGAAACGCCAGCUGCCCUGAGAAAUGGAUAUCAAGGUAACCGUAAUACCCCGGGAUUGCCGAAAAUGGAUGUGACUGGAUAUGGAGAUGACUCCACAAACCUUGAUGGUGACCCUACACCGGUUCCGCGAAUAGCUAGCAGCAGCACUCAAAGCACCCCUCUCCCUUCACUGCCAGGGAGGAAUGGCAAUGUCGUCGGGGAUGGGCAUAACGUGAUGACAUUAAGAGAACAAGAAAAGGUUAUUGAUAAACUCGAUAAGGAAAAUUUCGGCCUAAAAUUAAAAAUACAUUUUUUAGAGCAAAACUUCAAGUUGUCGAAACCCGAAUUUGCCCAAGCUGCGAUACAAGAAAACACCGAACUCAAAGUCACAAAACUGACGAUGGAGCGUGAUUUACACCAAUGCAAGAAAAAGAAGGAGCAAGCCGUAGAAGAUUUGAAGGAGCUUCAAGAUGAAAUGACCGACAAAUCUUUCUACACCAAAGGACUCAGCCGCCAACUAGAGGAAAAAGCCAACAGAUUGGAAGACGAAAUUAACAACCUCCGGAAGGAGCACACUGCGCUGGAGGAAAAUUUCCAGAGCAAGAUUCGCGAGGCAGCCAAGCUUGAGGAGGAGGUUGAAGCACUGAAAGAAGAGCUAUCCGCAGAGAAGGCAAGAUUGCAGGACGAUCUUGAUUUAGCCCAACAUGAGCGAGAUAUUGCUAGAAGGGAACGGCACGACAUUUUGGAACGUCUACACCAAGUUGAGGACGAUAUCCGGAAUGGAGAGGAUGCAAAAGUUGUCCUGAAAACUCGUCACGAUGCGCUUGCCAGUGAGUCUUCUAGUCUUCAGCGUGAUUUGGCCCAGGCAAAGACUCGGAUAUCGAAUCUCGAAGAACAAAUGGAAGCGGAAAGGGACCAAUACAUGAAUGACACAGAUGAACUCCGAAUGCAGCACAGAGCUCAGCUGGAUCAGCUUCGCGAUCAGAUAGAGUCUUUAAAACAUGACAUUGAAGAUCAAGAAGGUCAACAUGCGGCAGAUCGAGAUAGGUGGGAGAGUCAGAAACGAAAUUUGGAGCUUCAAAAGUCAAAGGUUGAACAACAAGCUACUGGAUAUAAGCGGACGUUAGACAAACUACAGAACGUCGAGACAACACUAUCCGGACGAGAAGAAAAUCUCCAAAAUAUACUCGAAAACGAGAAGCAACGCCAUCUGCAGGAUGAGGAACUACUGAAUCGCCAAAUCAAAGAGCUUAAUGAUGAUAUUGCGUCUAAACGCCAAGCUGCAGAAACCCAAAGGCAGGAGCUGAUGAGCGUCAAAGAGGAAUUAAGGGUGGCUAGACGCGAAGAAAGCAACCUAAGAGAGAAAUUGCAAACGCUUGAGGAUGAUAUUGUGGUAUUACAAGCUACGCUGGAAGAUGAGCGGGCCUUUGCCGGGAAUCUUCAGAAAUCGGGUACUUCGGAUUUGGAGAAACAGUUGCAGGCAGCUAAUAAAGAGAGACAAGUUACUCGAGACAAGCUAGCUAACGCGAACAUCGAAAUUCAUAAUCUACGCAUGUCGUCCGCCGAAUUGGAAGCCGAACGUGAUGAAUUGCAAAGUCAGAUUAAUCAGAUUCAAGGCCAGGUCGAUGAUACUUACCGUCUCGACCAGGAAAAGAUCGACCUUCGAAAAUCUAAGCUGAGACUCGAAAACGACCUAAACCGCCUGAGAGACGAAAAGAAAGCGUUACUGGAAACCAAAGAUAAGUUACAAGUCGGUCUUGAUAACGAAAUCGAACGGGCGGCGGCGGAGGAGAAUCGACUCUCUGCGGAAAUUGACCAACUCCAAGACAGGCUAUUCAUUUUAUCGGAAAAACGCGAUCACGAACUCAUUGCCGCCAAAAACAAAGCUGAGCGACUCGAACUACGUACCCAAGAACUCGAAGCCCUCUUGGACAAUCAGGCUUCUAUUCGCGCGGAAGCAUCUACGUCACCCGACUUCUCAAUCCUGCGGCGAAGCCUGGAAGAUGCACGACGCCAAGAGAGAGACGCACUUGAACGUGAAUCAACACACAAGGCCUCCAUCCGGGACCUGAAAACGCGCAUCGUAGAAUUGGAGCGGGAGAAUCAUGAGCUCAAAGCUAAGGCGCUGAGCACCCGCUCUCCAAAAGUAUUCCCAUCGACGCCACUUAAAGUCCAAGAGGAGCUUCGGAGCCUUCGCAGCCAACUACUCGACAUGCACAAGGCCAUGAAAGAUCUAAAAACCCAAAACCACGAAUUGCAACAUGCCUCAGUAAACGAAGAAGAGCGUAGAGAUCUCCACGACCUGCUCAAAUCAUCGACUCUCGAGGCCGAAUCUUUAGCGGUACGCCUUUCCGAGCGUGACACCCGUGUUCAAGAAUUGAGAACGCAUCUCCGUAGAGUCCGUGACGAGCGCGCCCUGUCCAUUAAGAAAGCAGACACAGCUCGUCACGAGCUGGAGUCAUUACAGGCCAGAUACGAGGCUCUACUAGAGGAGUUGACACAACAUUCGGAACGAAAAGGACGACACGCCAAGGAAAUCAAAGGUUUAGGGAAAGAGAUUAUGUGGUUAAGGGCCCGAUUGGUCCGGGAGGAGAAAUUCCGUCAGGAUCUUGCGUGGAGUAAGGGGCUCAUGGAGCUGGGUGAACGGGUUCGGAUUGCAUGUAACGAAACCGACCUCAAAAUGAUCGCUGAAAUGGGGGUGAAGCCCAACAGCCCGCGAAAGAAAUUUGACGCCCGUCUAAAACUUAAAGCUGUAGCAUGCAUGGCCUUGGCUGUCUGCCGGAUGCAAUUGAUGAGUGCUGAAUGGAAGAAAUCAAAGAAACUUGGUGAAGGCCUUCGGAAAGCGAAGGGGGAGGUAUUGAAGAAAAGGGAAAGUAUGAGAAGGAAAGCUCUGACUGACUGA